AUGCUGAAAUUGGGAACCUCUACAGCAGACCUGGCAGCCCCAUCUCCGCCGCCAGAGACAAAAGUGGGGCGGAAAGUGCAGCCCACAGACGUGCUUUGGGCAAUGCUCAAUGACAUUGUCGGGAAGGAUAAGAUGGCCAAGUUUGGCCAGUACACGUUGCGGUUGUUGUUGUACCACUCACAGAAGACACAGGACUGGCUCAGUGACGAGUUGGUCAACAUCAAGCUGAUAAACAAGACGUAUGCCAGAACAGAGCACAUCAUGGACUUGGUGAUGAACUUCUUGCAGAAUCCGCAGGGUUUCGCUCGCGUGCUAAUAAUCCUUAUUUGUUCUGUGUUCAAUCUGAGAUUUGCUGCAGUGGUGCCGGCGUUGGGCAUGUACAGACAGUUUCUAAGGUUCGGCAAGUCUCCCUUUCGUAUACGGAACUUGUACAACAAGAUUCGAGAUUCAGUAGACACAAGCUCGACAAAGUGGAAGAUCAGCCCCAGCAUAUUCUCAAACACGACAUUGGGUGAGGUCAUCUCGCUCUACUACUCACUCAACGAUGAGUCCAUCUUGAUGUCCAAAGUUGGACUCAUACAGAACCCCACAGUCAAAAACUUUGUCUCCAAGCAUGAGGCUUACGCGUGGUACUGCGAGUCGUGGUACGCUCUUUACAAUGCAUAUGUCAACCUUCAGCACUUGAGGCAGCAAGAGAUGGAUGUGAAGAUUCAGAUCCAGGUGAAAAAGAGAGCGAGAGCGAUCUCCAAGCAGCUCUUGGGCGGCGGGUCCGUGCACAAUCCUAUCCCCAGUCUAUCAAGUUCCAAUCUAGAUGAUGACUCUAAAGAUAACCUCGCGCUAAAAGAAAUCAUGUUCAAGAAAACAAAUGCCAACAUUGAUAUCUACAAGACGCUCUCCGACAUUGUCUUCAAUUCCUACACAGUCUGGGGCAUGGCGCUCCAUUUCGACACCAUCCAAAUAUGGAUGGGCAUCAGUGCAUCGUUCCUCAGUUCUGUCAAGUUGUACAGGGAGAAGAAGAAGGAGUUGGUAAGUAAAUGUAAGACCUGA